AUGAGUCGAAGGCAAAAUGUUAAUGAUGAAAACUUGAGUUGGAUUCUAAAGUAUCCAAACGAAUUUUCUCAAGAGGAUUUCGAAUCUCAACAUAUGCAUGUUCUUAAGUAAGAACAAUUUGGGUAAUUGAAAGAAUCAGAUGAAAUUUUGAAUGGAUAACUUUAUACAUUUUGGAAUGGAACAUUGGAAUACAGUAAAUUUAUAUUGAUGCCAAAUUUAUUGAUCAAGGUGACCGUUUAAAAUGGUUUGUUAUAAAUUCCCCAAUCUCAAUUUAAUCAAAAUGGAGCUACCUAUUAUUUAUCCUUAUCAGAGUGCACAAUCACUUAGAAAAUGAUUUAACACAGAUCGCAACAAGCCUUCGGUAUGCUCUUAACAAAUUCAAUUGGCACAACUUACUUGUUCUUCUCUAAUUUCGUAACAUUCAGAACCUGGUAUAAAUAGAUGAAACAAUUUUGCAAACUCACAGGUUUCCUGGACAAAUACAAACUGGGGGACAAAUUACUCCCCGGAUUUUACACAUGCACUAAGAAAAAAAAGAAAACUCAAUAUACUGUCCAGAUCUAUAAGAGUGAUGACUUCGAACAAUGUCAGGAAUUGGAAGAUGCAGUCUAUAAUGAAAUACAGAUAUUGAGAAGCAUUAAGCAUCAAUCCCUAUUGGAACUAAAAAGAGUAUACUAAAAUAAUAAAUAUCUUUUCAUUGUCUACGAGUAUUAUAAAGGAGAGACUCUCUUCAACUUAUUGAAUUCCAAUCUCUAAUUGCACGAAGUACAAAUUGCAUCUGUAAUACCCAUUUUUAAUAAUAUCCUUAGAUCAUCUAUCAAAUACUCCAAGUUGUUAAAUUUCUGAAUUAGCAUCAAUUCUACCAUGGAAGCAUCAAUCCUUAGAAUGUUCUGAUCAACUCGCAACAUCAAAUGCUGUAAAUUACCCUCAUUAAUCUCUCAUUCAAAGAGUACAAGGUCAACGACAAAUUAGACUGGAUUUUGAAUAGAGCAGUCGAGUCUUUCUUGGCUCCAGAGAUCUUUGAAGGCAUUGCCCCCAACAUUUCCACUGAUAUCUUUGCGUUAGGUUGUGUACUAUACUUCAUGACCUAUUAUGAUUCUAAAAAAUAUGAAGUAUCUUAAUUCUUAUAUAGUUUUAGAUUAAAAAUGAAGACAAAGACUUCUACAAUGUUAUGGACAAUUUCGAGAUUCAAAACAAUCGCAUAGAUGAAAGUGAACAACAAUUGAAAAUUGGAUUCCAAUAGAAUCAAUCCAAGAGUAAGGUUAGUUCCUCUCAAUUGGAUCUUCUAAGAAAAAUGCUAGAAACUGAUGCAAGUAAGUGUUUUAUAAAAUGAGGUAAAAGAUUGACAAUAAAAGAAGCUACUAAACAUCAUUGGUUUGUAAAUGUGAAAAGUAAAAUCAAAUCCUUGAAAGUGGAAAGGAAAAGAAAAAAGCCACUUCCAAGCUUAAGAACUAUUAUUGAGUUACGGGAAAUGAGUGAAAUGGAUGUUAGAAUGACUAUUAUUCAACAAUAACAAAGUGGAUUGAAUGCUCUACAUAAUAUGAAUUCUAAAUUAUAAUCAACUCCUUCCAAUACUAAACGUACAUUAAUUUACACAUAACAACCAUCAAAACUAAGUUAAUUUGUAGCCAAGAAUGAGUUCGACGAUGAUUAUGAAAGUAAGUAUCCUAUUGUUAUCAUUCAGUCCCUGAUGAAGAUCCUUAUUUGGAAGUCCCUGUUAUUAAUCGUAAAAGAGAACCUAAAAAGAGACCAUCUAAAAUCAUUUUGCUUUGA